AUGGAGAUGUGUUAUUCGCUUGUUACAUUGACUCUUUUCUCUUUGAAGGGUGAAAAAUUAGGAACGAUAGAAGAAGAAGUAUAUGGAUAUACCAGAUUACAUUCAUUAGAUGAUGCUAAAGAAUGGGAACAGCUUAUAUCGAGUGAAAAUUCUACGCCUAAGAAGUCAGCGACGUUUCAUGGAUUACGCGAUUUACAGUUCUACGAUUCUCCUUGCUCGUCCAGCCAAUUUGGAAGUGAUCAACAGCUCAAACAAUCGUCGACACGUCUCUCAAGGAAACGAUCUCUGCUUUGCGAGAUGGGUUCGCGGAUUCGUCUCUUCUCUACGGGUUCUUUUGUCUCAACAGCCGCUCAUGGAGAUGAAGCAACUCUUACUACUUCUACCUCUAUAAAUCGAUCAAUAAUUCAUCCACCAACCAUCAUAACAAGUUUGGUCUCAUCUCCAAGUAUGGUCAAGACGCAAUCACUCAAUAGCUUUCCAGAAACGAUAGUGGUCUGUUCGUCCAAUUCUAAAAAGAGCCAUUCGAAGCUUCUAUCUCGUUCCAGUAUGUCACUUGAUAAACGUGAUAUUUCGCUGAACAUGGAAUAUGCAAGAGAUUCUUCACCUUCUCAAUUGGGAAUUCUUUGUCGACAUUGCUCUUCAACUUCCGAUUUAACUUGUCCAAAAGCUCAACAGGAAAUGGCGUCACCAUCAGUUCCAUCAUUAUACUCAUUAGCAGCUUCUGAUUUAUCUUCAAAUGAAAUUCUUUGUCGUAUAUGUCAUUGUUGUUGGCCAUCUGAUCCAUCAGAAUCAACAUCAGAUCCAUUAAUAUCUCCAUGUCGAUGUUCAGGAACGCUUCAAUACGUUCACGUCUCAUGUCUAAUGCAUUGGUUGGAUAUAUCAUCCAGAAAGCUUCAUCGUCCAGCCAUCUGUGAAUUAUGUUUAUACAAGUAUAGAAGAAGAAGAAUAUUGAAGUAUCGCGAAAUUAAAUUUCCUGAAUGUUCCGAGAGUGACAUCCGAUAUUACACGAUCUUCAUAACAGCUGUUUUUCUGAUGCUACUAUCAGCUUUAUCAACAAUUAUAUGUUUUCAAUUGGAUAAGAAAUAUGUGGAAUCAGCUUAUAUGGUUAAUUCAACAACAACAGCAACUUCAUCGGCUGCCGUCGUUGCUGCUGCUGCCGCUUCAAUCAAUUCUCCAGAAUUUGUUGUUACAUAUGAAGAUAGAUCAAACCCUAAACAAAUCUUAGAACGUUCUCGUGAUCAUAGCUUCUUGCCAAGUAUACAUCUGGAAAACCUUUACAGUACAAUAACCUUGGUAUCAGCUGUCAUAUUCUUUAUAAGUUUCUUUGUGGCUAUGUAUGCCCAUGUUAAGACUGGAUUAAGUUUUUGCAAUUAUCUUAUGUUAUGCUGGAGUUCUAACUUGGAUUGGUCUAUAGAAGAAUAUAAACAAUCAAGAGAUUCUCAAUAUUUAUCGAAAUUAGAAGAACUUCGAAGGAAAAUGAACGAAAAACAGAAAAAGGCUCCAGAUGAGGUCGAACCUCUACGUAGCUCCGUUAUCGUCAUUGAAUAA